GCUGGAAGGAGGGGAAGGGGUUUUGGUGCUCGUGCUUGCUGAAGGUAUUGUCCCGGAGUUUGCCUGUUUUCAGGCCCUGUGUACACAGGGCUGUGAUGUGGGCUUAAAAAAAAUCCUUUUGGGCACAUGGACAAAGGAUACUAGGGAUGCAUUGGAGUUACUGACCAGCUACAUCAACAACAAAAGGUUGAGUAUGAACACAGUUGAGGACGAGUCUGGCACAGUUACCUUGGAAACUGUCAGCUCCGUCACCCUCGCCCAAGACACCGAAGGCAAUCUCAUCCUGCACUGCCCUCAAACCGCGAACGAAGAUUUGGAAUCUGAAAACAAUCAGGAGCCCCUGCACAAGAGGCUUUGCUUAUCAGCCGAAGAUGACAACAGCAUGGAAUCCACGACCACCAUCGGUGGCCCCUUCGCAACAGUGCAGUCAGUUGUCACACUCCCCAUUACAGACGGAGACCAGAGUUUUGCGGUGACCAUGACGGGGGAGGCAGCCUCCGAGCUGGCAAACGACACCGAAGUGGAGGACGAGGAAACCAUUACUCAGAUACAGAUCUUACACAACGAUGAACAGCUGGAAAGAGUUUCUCCCCAGAACAAUGAUGAUCUUGACCCCGUUAGUCAGGCCUGGUUCACAACGAAAGAAGAUAAGGACACACUACAGAACAAAGGUCACAAGUGGAAGCAGGGGAUGUGGUCGAAGGAAGAGAUCGAUAUACUAAUGAGCAACAUUGAAAAUUACUUGCAAAUGCACGGGCUGAGCGAUGCCACGGAGGUCAUAUUUGAGAUGUCAAAGGACGAGAGGAAAGACUUCUACAGGACCAUAGCCAGAGGACUCAACAGGCCUCUCUUCGCUGUGUACAGACGGGUCCUGCGAAUGUACGACAACAGGAACCACGUUGGAAAGUAUACACCACAAGAGAUUAUGAAGCUUAAAGAGCUACGAUCGAAGCACGGCAACGACUGGGCGACGAUAGGAGCAGCUCUGGGCAGGAGCGCCUCGUCAGUGAAGGAUCGAUGCCGCUUAAUGAAGGACACCUGCAACACGGGGAAGUGGACGGUGGAGGAGGAGAAGCGGCUGGCCGAGGUGGUACACGAGCUGACGGCCACGGACCCCGGCGACAUCGUGACUCAGGGGGUCUCGUGGGCAGCCGUGGCCGAGCGGGUGGGCACGCGCUCCGAGAAGCAGUGUCGCUCCAAGUGGCUCAACUACCUGAACUGGAAGCAGAGUGGGGGGACAGAGUGGAGCAAAGACGAUGAGAUCAACCUGAUCCUGAGGAUAGUGGACCUGAACGCUGAGGAUGAGAAUGAGAUAAACUGGGACCUGAUGGCCGAAGGCUGGAGCAGUGUCCGUUCCCCUCAGUGGCUCAGGAGCAAAUGGUGGACAAUCAAACGACAAGUGACCAGCCACAAGGAGCUGACGUUCCCAGAACUGGUGGAGAGCUUGCGGCAGCUGGUGGAGAGUUUGAAGCAGCCGCACAUCCAGCUGUCGGCCGAGUGUCAGACGCGAUCGAGCUGCCCCAGCCCAGCGCAGGGGGUACAGCACCUGCGGCUCAGGUUGGCUCAGGUGGAGGAGAACAGCGGAGACCAGCACAGCCCCGUUGCCGCCCUCCAAAUCCCCGUACAGAUCACACAUGUCGCAUCGACAGACUCCUGUGCUGUCAGUGCAGACUGCGAAACCAUAACGCUCAACGCUGGGACACUACAGAGAUUCGAGUUCCUGCCGUCCUUCCGGUUACAGCCCACGGGAACGCCGGGAACGUACUUAAUCCAGACCAGCUCCAGCCAAGGGCUUCCCAUAACACUGACCGCUAGCCCCGCCGUGACCCUCACAUCGCCGUCCUCCCCAGAACAGAUCAUCGUCCACACCCUCUCGCCGGAAGCUCUGCUCCACGGCACAGCCGAGAACGUCAGUGUCCAAAUGAACCACCCCGGGGUCAUCAUCCACGCAGUGGAGUCCGACGGCACCUCGACCUCCAUCACCCAAGCCGAGCUCCGUGUAGAUCCAGCGAUCGACCCCACCGGCCCGGCCGGCGUUCGGCACUCCUACGGCGAGAUCGACCCGGACAAGCUGAGCGAGGAGGGGGGUGAGGAGGAGGAGGAGGGGGAGAGAGGAGCUGGUCGGGGGGACCUGCCGGGGGCUNGGGGUGACUUGUCCGGCCUGAAACCAGACAGUAUCGAGGUGCUGGGGGCGAGUGUGGAGACCUCGCAUCCCGAGAUCUGUGGGGAGGCGCUCCACCAGGACCACGAGGUUCACACCGAUCUCGAUGGCGCUUACGUAACGGAGGCUCUGUGCUCGCCCACCAUGGACGUGGAUGAAGAAGCCACACUCAUCGUCACCUCGGAACACGGCUUCAUCCAGUCGGCGGACGACAUCCUGCCGCUCACCACACUGACCGAUCCACUCUUGCAAUCACAAGCCGACUGCUCCAUCAUUGACUCGUCAUUGGAAAGCGAGGAGCCCGAAGACUGAAAAAAAAAGAAUCGCACUCCCAACCUAAACCUCUCCCUCAUAACCAUAUCGGGAUUGUCCUGUUUAUACAGCUCCCAACUCUCCUUCGCUCCCACUGACCGCUUCAUCCCAUUUCCCACUGCCUUCCUGCCUGUCCGCUCUGACCCACACCAACCUAACGACCACCUAAAACGCUCCUCGAUUCAGUGAGGUAUUAAAACACCAUUUGGUAUAUAAACCUCCCCGCUUACCCUUGGAAAUAUUUGUGGGAUGUUGCCGUGCGCAAUUGGCUGGUGCGUUUCGCCCACUAAA